AUGGUAACUGAAGCUUCUACUUAUCUGUUUUAUGCCACCAAACGAAGAACUUAUUUCAGGAAUGUAAGCAUUUUAAUUCCAAUGACCUGGAAAUCAAAACCUGAGUACUUAAUGCCAAAACAAGAAUCAUAUGACCAGGCAGAUGUCAUAGUUGCUGAUCCUUACCUGAAAUACGGAGAUGAUCCCUAUACACUUCAAUAUGGACAAUGUGGAGAAAAAGGACAAUAUAUACAUUUUACUCCAAACUUCUUGUUGAAUAAUAAUUUGCCUAUCUAUGGGCCUCGAGGCAGAGUAUUUGUCCACAAGUGGGCACAUCUCCGGUGGGGAAUACUUGAUGAGUACAAUGAGGACCGGCCAUUCUAUAUUUCCAGAAGAAACACUAUUGAAGCAACAAGGUGCCACAGGCACUAUUAUGAAUAG